CAGUGUGUCCUUGGCUACAUACACACGCAGCAGGCUAGCUAGCAAAAGGAAGGAUCCCGCUGGAUUUACCGACCACCCCCCCCCCGAAAAACAAGGAGGCCCCAAAAAGACCCCUGAAGGACACCCCCAGAAAGGCAACAGCUUUACCGACCAACUUUUACUACUCCUGAACCUGAGAGGAACGGCGGCUCGUUGUUUAUACCGGCGGAGGAGAUCAGUUUUGCAGGGCUUACAGCAGAAUGGCGUUCCUGAUCAAGAGCAUGAUCGGCAACCCGUUGUCGGGGAUCGGGCUGGGCGGCGGAGGGGACAAGGAGGAGGAGGCCGCGCCCACCGACCCGGCCAAGGCGGCGGGCAUGACCCGCGAGGAGUAUGAGGAGUACCAGAAACAGGUGGUGGAGGAGAAGAUGGAGAGAGAUGCAGACUUCCUGCAUAAGAAGGCAGAGAGAGCCACACUGAGGGUUUGUCUACGAGAUAAAUACAGACUUCCAAAGAGCGAGCAGGACGACAACAUGAUCGAGAUGGCGGGCGACGACGUGGACGUGCCCGAGGAGCUGCUCAAGAUGGUGGACGAGGACGCCACGGAAGAGGAGGUGAAGGACUCCUUCCUGGGCCAGAUGCAGAACCUCCAGAACAUGGACAUGGACCAGCUGAAGGAGAAGGCCUCCACCACCGUCACCGAGCUCAAGACCAAGGCGGAGGAGAAGUGCUCUGUGAUGUGAGCUAGUGUUAGGGGAGAGGGGGGGGCUGCGGGAGGGUAGUGUAGUGUAGUGGUGGGGGGGGGGGGGGGGGGGGAGAGAGAGAAGGGGCGAAAUGAUCAAAUACAAUCCAAAUGCCGGCUUUCCUAGGAACACACCAGCCUUGCAGCUUGCGAGAGGCUUGGAUACAAAGUCAAAGCUUCGACUCAAAGUGUAUACUUGUAAACAAAACAGUAGCUAAUUACUAGGACAGAUAAGGGCCAGGUGUUAUGUCUUUACUUCCGUCUCAUUCCACUUUCUCAACUGAAUGGAAACUGUUUUUUUGUGUGUCUGUAUAACUUGCUAACUCUAAAAUGGCAGUUGUUGGUGGACUCUGGUCCAGAAAGAUUAUUCCUUUUGUUAGUAUUACUCAUUUGUUUUGUUUGUUUAUGUUUUGGAUUAUCUAAAUGAUCUACAAAAAGUGAUCCUUUCCAGUGAGGUGAACAAAAUCCAUUUUCUCUGACGCAUUCCUAUCCACGUGGUCAUGUUUAUCAAACACACAUUCAAAUCCAAAAUGCUUGUUCUAAAGUCAUUUUAACGAUAAUUGUGUAUUUGUUUAUCUAUGCGAGACAGUGUUGUGUAGCACCUCAACGAAACAGCUAAUUACUAAAGGAAAGACUUCAAAGUAAGUCGGGAUUCAUAUCAACCCUUUUUUCCCAGCUCUAUCCCUUAGUCUGUUGUUGACUAUACUGUAUGUUUGUCUGUAGUGAGUGUGAGUAAACGUUGGAAUGUAGAUGUAUUCCGCUCCGGUGUUGUUGAAAGAGUGACAAUCAGGACACAAUGUAUGAGUUGGUCGAUUCCAGUUCUUGACAAUAAUUGUGUUAAAAUAAAAAUAAAAGCAUUGACUCUGUAAGGGGCAUAUUACAAUAUGUCAUGUCAAAUAUCUCACGUCCUCUUGUAUUUUGAUCAAAUCUAUAUUCCUUUUAAAAUGUUAGCCUAUAGGCAAGAAUGAAAGCUGUUCAGUUUUGCCUGUCCAAGUUUUGAAUUAUAUUGUUUUCAUUCCAUAGAUAAUGAUAAUGACUGCAGACAUGCAACUAAAAAUGCAAAUAAAUGAUUAAAAGAAGUAUGU